AUUAAAGCCCUUUGCAUGCCAUGUCUCUGCCAUCAUGAGUUCGGUUAACAAACAACUGAUACCAUAAUUACAACCCAUGUAAUACAACAGGAAAAAGACAUGUGUAAGCAUACCGACAGAUUCCACAACAGUGCACUUUUUUCAUUAAAAACAUGCAAGGAAAAUAAAUAUUACCCAAAUCUUUGAUCUCGUUGUAAUUCUGGCUUUUGUCGCCAUGAGAAUGCAAUCACUCGGGAAUCAAAUAAACAAUUGAAUGUCAACUGCAUGACCGAGACUCGUUCUAAAUUAUUCUGGAGGCGUGCCCUGAGCCAGACGAAUAACCAGAUGUUCAGUAGUGGGGAAUCAUAUCAUAUCUCUGGAAUGGGGCUCAAUUGUUUCAGAUAAAGAAUCAAACAUACCCAGAAAGGAGAUAUUGGCCCUUGUUUCUCAAAUCUAUGUAUGUUGCCUUUAUAUGUAAUUUGCCUGCACUGUUUUUAGGUAUGCCAUACAUUUAGUUUCAUGAUAUGAGAAACCCUUUCCUUUUAUGAUUGUGUAAGAUUGUUUAUUGGGUUGAUUUCUAAUAUUGGGCUCUGUAACCAACCUGCUAUUGGGUUGAUUUCUAAAUUGGACUCUGUAACCAACCUGCUAUUGGGUUGAUUUCUAAAUUUGGGCUCUGUAACCAACCUGCUAUUGGAUUGAUGGGUAGAUUAGGCUCCCGUAACCAACUAGUACUUAUUCGGCCUAACAGGUCUUCCUGGAUCCCUUUUAGCAAUUAACCCUCUUGGCUGCCAUAGAAUCCUUUAUUUCUGUACCUAAAACCACCCAACAAACAUAGGAAUGAAUAGCAUAGCUUAAUCCAAUGCAGCCAUGGAAGAUAGGAUUGGCAGUAGCCAUGCCAGCUGCUGUAGCCAUUGCCUGCAUCCUGUACAUGGUAUAUUAUAGGAGUUCUCACAAGAAACAAAUUCCUAACGUAGCCACAAGGCCCACAACUAAGCCUUCCCUGAACCCUAAUGUGAGACACAGUAAGCGAGUUGCAAAUGUAUGGAGGGACAAUUACAGUUACAGUAAUCACUAUCUUGUUAAGGCCUUCACUUGGAAAGACCACCCAUCGCUGAUUGCAGAGGUGGUUGAUAAUGGGUGGGCCAGUUUUGGGUUUACGAAGACACGCGCUCCUUCUUCUCCUGGUAACUUGUGGGGUCUCUACAACCGUUUUUCCCAUAGAGGAGGGAUUGAAGCUGAGAUCAGCUGGGAAAUGGAGUCAGGGGCUGAGUACUUGCAGAAGAUUAGGUUCAACCCAGGGUCAGCCACAAAGAAGAACAUGAAUUUGUUGCAGCCGGUUCAAUCUGUGAAGGCUGCAUUGCCUCUACCAGGUCCCUCAUUGGGAGACCUCUCAUUUCCUCAGGAAGCUUAUUUUGAAAUUACAUUAUUGGCAGAGAAUGGUGUCGAGGAUAAAAGCAUAUGUUUGUCGAAGAGUUUUGGAGAGGCUGACAAUACGAAACUCAUAUCGCAGCCAUUCAGAUCAGGGGACCAUUUGCAGUCUGUGAUCUCUGAAAUGACACCCUCAAAUCUCAAUGUUGAUUUGGAGGCCAAUAAUAAGGCGGUUGGUGUGGCAAAAAUGGGUUCCGGGAGCAGUUCUAAGGACACUCAUUGUCAAUUCAGUAGCCUGGAUCCUGCGGGCAAUCCUAAGGUUAUAUCUCUGGGGUUUGCAAUUGGUGGGACUGCUCUUUACCGGCUACCAGGUAGCGAGCGAGGGUCUGUUGGCUUUCAUUCAACUGGAUUUGUCUUCCUAAAUGGGAUGGUUCAUCUAGAUGAUAAACAAGAACAGCAUAAACCCGCUUCUACAAAGCGGACUUGGGGGUAUUUAAACAGUGUCAUCGGGUGUGGUUUUGAUCCUGCAAACAGGAGAGUUUUCUUUACAUUGAAUGGUGAACAGGUUUAUUCUCUGACAUGCAAUUCAGUUGAGUUCCUUCAUCCUAUGUAUCCAACAAUUGCGGCCAAUUAUGAUGUGACUGUGUUAGUCAAUUUUGGUCAAAGACAGUUUGAUUACUUGCCUGCCAAUGGCCAAAGGAUGGCCAAUCCUUGCUUGAGGAAACAACUGCAAAAUAAUUCUGUAAAAUUUGCUUCAAGAUCUGUUUAUGACGACAGUGGUGAUCUUUUCUCAAUGGGUAGAAUUGAUGCACAGUGGCGAGAAAGUAUUGAGGAUUCCAAUUCAGAUAUGCAGCACAAACACCUAUAUUCUGAGGCUGACUCAGAAUUUUUUGAGAUUGUUCUUGAUGAAAACAUUAAAUAGAUACAGAGAAUACAGGCAAAUCUUUUGCCAUUUCAUUUUUUGUAGCUUGUGUAGUUGCUGGCUACUGAGUUUUUGUCCAAUGUAGUAGUGCUUCGUCCUGUCAAUCAAAUUUGAGACUUUCUCUAAAUAAUAAAUACAUGACAUUGUAUACAGAAAAGCAAGAUCUGAAAAUGCCUGAGUAAAAAUCUUUAAUUUCAGUUAAAUUGAGUG